AGUGAAGCAUCAAGAGAAGACUGUAUUACUCGGUAGCGCUGUGUAUUGAACCAAACAUGAUGCCAAUGGGAGGUUCAUUCUAAACACAAAGGACAUUAAACCAAUCCCUUUUAUUUUCUCUGAUUUUAGGGCGAAAAAUACACGAACCAGUUUCUGCCAUUGAGACUCAAAAGCUAAGGACUGGGAAAUAAUAGCACCUCACGAGCUACCACGAAGAAGUGUAGCAAGCUAAUAGCUAGCUAGCUACUGAAGAAAUCUCUUUGUGGAUUAAAGGAUCAUUAGCGUGUUGUCAAAAACGUCCUGGAGGGAACCAACACCUUGGAGAAUAUUUGGGGAGAAGAUCAUAACAUAAACGAAAAGCAAAUAAUAAAUAAGGCGGUCUUUCGCUGUAUCAAGGAAUCUUACGGUAGUCAUUGACAUUGGCUAGGUGCACAAAGCUAGCCUAUUAUGUUAGCUUUUUAUUAACCAAAUUUUUAUGUGGGAAUCUAAUUGGCUCCUACUAGCGACAUUGCGUAGGCUACUGUCAUUGCUCAUUUUUCUAAAGACAAUAAAGCGAAUGCGUGUGCUUGACAUGUCUCUUUGCAAAACAUUUUGAAACAGCCGAAAGCCAGAAAAGGACUUCACUAGAUUCAGUUACCUAGUCUAGUUAUGGGCAUUAUUUACGUUUUUGUCGCUGAUACCAUCGAGAACGGAGAGUUGUGACGGAAUUUCAGAAACACAUUCGACAUCAUGUAGUUAACUGGGGAGUUAGAAUGCGUCCUGCUUCAGCCUGUUAAUGAACGCCAGUGAGCUGUUUGGUAAAGUGUCAUAAAAUGACAGCUGGUAGUAAGAACUGACACUGUUCCUGGGCAUUGUGGCUGUUAGCGAUGUCUACCGCAGAGUACAGCGUCCUUUCCGAUCACGAUUGAAACGCUAACACAACAACGCUUUAACGUCAGAAUUCCAAAAGAGAACCCACGGCAUUCUGGUGGGCCUUUGCUGGUUUCAAGGAGCCAAACACCUUUUGGAGUGCAAGCCUUUUUAAUUUUUUUAUUUGGAUUUCUUGUUUUGUUUCAUGUCUGGAAUACAUUUGAAUUCUGUCCUUGAUUAAAUGCCAAAUUAAAUGCCCAAAAAUAUAAUGGCAUCAGGACUAUAGCGAAGGUUUGUUCAUUGCAAUCGGCUAGUUACGUAUAAUUUUUUUUCCAAGUGCUAAGGCUAAUCGACACAAAAACGAACACACCGGGGUAAACAAGGUCCUUCUGUUAUUGGACUGAAAAUGGAAACGGUUGGAGACUUCGAAUACAGCAGGAAGGACCUGGUUGGACAUGGGGCUUUCGCCGUCGUGUUCAAGGGAAGGCACAGGAAGAAGACAGACUGGGAGGUGGCCAUCAAGAGUAUCAACAAGAAGAACCUGUCCAAGUCUCAGAUCCUGUUGGGGAAGGAAAUCAAGAUCCUGAAGGAGCUGCAGCAUGAGAACAUUGUGGCUUUGUACGACGUGCAGGAAACGCCCAGCUCUGUGUUCCUGGUGAUGGAGUACUGCAACGGAGGGGACCUGGCCGAUUACCUGCAAGCGAAAGGCACCCUGAGGGAGGACACACUGCGGGUGUUCCUGCAGCAGAUCGCUGCCGCCAUGCGCAUCCUCCACAGCAAGGGCAUCAUCCACCGCGACCUGAAGCCCCAAAACAUCCUGCUCUCCUACACCGGCCGCAAGAAGGGCGGCCUCAAUGGCAUCCGCAUCAAGAUCGCUGAUUUCGGCUUUGCCCGGUAUCUCCAGAGCAACAUGAUGGCUGCCACCCUCUGCGGGUCGCCCAUGUACAUGGCCCCGGAGGUGAUCAUGUCUCAGAACUACGACGCCAAAGCGGACCUGUGGAGCAUCGGGACGGUGGUGUACCAGUGCCUCGUGGGGAAGCCACCCUUCCAGGCGAACAGCCCGCAGGAUCUGCGCAUGUUCUACGAGAAGAACAAGACUCUGGAGCCCAGCAUUCCCAGGGAGACCUCCGCGCCCCUGUGUGACCUUCUCCUGGGCCUGCUGCAGAGGAGCCAGAAGGACCGCAUGGACUUCGAUACAUUUUUCAGCCAUCCUUUCCUGGAUCCAGCAUCAACUAUUAAGAAAUCGUGUCCGGUGCCGGUGCCCAGCUGUCCUGGCUCUGUGUUGGACAGCACCUGCGGCAGCUCUCCAUCCUGCCGUUACGUCUCUCCCCCCUCUCUGCCCGACAUGCAGGCCCUGCCGGAGGACCUGCUGGCCUCCCCGCCCCUCGGCCCACCCAGCUACCUGCAGCUCUCCAAGGAGUCCGGCGGCAGCACCAGCAGCAAGAACUCCUCCUGCGACACCGACGACUUCGUGCUCGUGCCCCACCUCUCUGGAGACCAGUCCUAUGAGCCGUUAGGAGCCACAGGCCGGCGGCCCUCCAGCGAGUUCCUCAUGUGUGGAGGGCAGCCCCCCCCAGCCCCGGGCCCCACCCCCGUGGUGUCCCCCCGGGCAGAGACCACACCCAUACCUGUGCCCACCCAGGUGCGCAACUACCAGCGAAUCAAGCAGAACCUGUCCACCAGCCCCUCCCCCACCCAGUACGGGUCUCCCAGGUCCGGUACGGUGCGUCGCUCCAACACCAGUCCUAUGGGGUUCCCCAAGGCCAGCUCCGGCUCUCCCAGCUCAGAGCCCCAAACACUGGGCCGCCGCCUCUCCACUGGGUCCUCCCGACCCUACUCCCCCUCCCCCCUGGUGGGAACCAUCCCAGAGCAGCUCGGUCAGUGCUGCUGUGGACACACUCCUCAGGGGCAGGAGGCUCGAACCCGCAGCUCCACUGGAGGGUCCCCUGGCCCCCCCUCCCAGCUCCUGGGGGCCCGUCUGCACAGUGCCCCCACCCUGACGGACGUGUACCACACCAAGCAGAAGCUGCACAAGCAGCUGUCCGACCCGGUGUACCCCAUCCACCCCUCGGCCUCCCCCCACCCCAGCAGCCUCUCCCCCCAGCUGGGCCGGCCUGGCAGCCUGGGCACCUCCCCCACCAAGCACCUGGGCUCCUCCCCCCGCUCCUCCGACUGGCUGCAGAAGUCCCCGCUGCCCACCAUCAUUGGCUCUCCCACUAAGACGACCGCUCCUUUCAAGAUCCCAAAAACUCAGGCCUCCUGCAACCUGAUGGCCAUGGUGUCCCAGCAAGGCCUGGCCGACAGCCCCGCCCCCUCCCGAACCCUGGGGGACGGCCGUGACCUCUGCACCCCCUACCCUAGCGCCCGGCAAGCCACGCCCGAGCCUAGCAGGACCGCCUUCGGCCGGUCGGUCAGUACGGGGCGUCUCUCUGAGCCUGUGAGGAUCUCUCUGGGGGGGCAGACGUACCAGGGCAGCACCGACAGCCUCAACACUGAGCGGCCUAUGGACACUGCCCCUGCAGGGCCCAGUGGGGCGAGUCCUCGCACCGUGCUCUUCACCGUGGGCUCCCCCCCAAAGUGCAGCACCCCCCCCACCUGCAGCCACCUGGGCUCCCGCCCACGCACCACCUCAGUGGGCUCCAGCAGCUCUGCUGGCUCCCUGUGUUCCACCAGUGGGCGUGUGUAUAUGGGGUCCCCGCCCAGCAUGGCCAUAGGCUCCUCCCCCCCUGGCGUGGAGGCGGGGCCCAGCAGCCUGAGGUACGUCCCGUACGGCUCCUCCCCCCCAAGCCUGGACGGGUUCAUCACCUUCGAGGCCCCGGAGCUGCCCGAGGAAACGCUCAUGGAGAGGGAGCACACAGACACACUGAUGCACCUGCGCAUGAUGCUGUCCUUCACUGACGGGGUGCUGGAGAUGGCUGCGGUGCGGGCCGGGGGGGCAGGCCUGGGCGUGUCCACCCUCUACCCCCCCCAGGACAGCGUGGUGGUGGACCAGAUCAGCCUGCUCAGCAGGGAGUGGGGGCAGGUGGAGCAGUUGGUGCUGUACAUGAAGGCUGCUCAGCUCCUGGCCUCCUCCCUGCACCUGGCCAAGGCCCAGAUCAAAUCCGCCAAACUCAACCCCUCCUCCGCCGUCAAACAGGUGGUGCGGAGUCUGAAUGAGCGCUAUAAGAGCUGCAUCUCUCUGUGCCGGCGGCUGACUGAUCGGCUGCAGCUCUUCUUCUCUGAUAAGCAGCGCUUCGUGGACGAGAUCAACAGCGUGACGGCCGAGAAACUUAUCUACAACCACGCUGUGGAAAUGGUGCAGACCGCGGCGCUGGAUGAGAUGUUCCAGCAGACGGAGGACAUCGCGUUCCGUUACAACAAGGCCUCCAUGCUGCUGGAGGGGCUCUCCAAGGUCCUGCAGGACCCGGCCGACAUCGAGAACGUCAACAAAUAUAAAGCCAGCGUAGAGCGACGGAUCUCUGCACUCUGUUACUGCACCGUUACGCUGUACGAGUAGGCCCCGCCCACAAGGGACCACCUGACCACAGAAGCCAAUCACCUGACCGACAUCUGAGCACCUGACUGACAGGACACGCCCCCCCUCUGUCUCGUAGCAGCUGAUGCACUUUUCCUUCUUGUUCUGUUGAGAAAAACUGUUGCAUGCUGGGAGACGCACAUAUUCACAACCAAAGAUGAUGAUGAUGAAGAAGAUGGAGGUGGUGGUGAUGAUGAUGAUAAUGAAGAAGAAAAGGCCUGGCAAAAUGACAAAACAGGAAAUCAAAAUGAGAUCACAGACCACUUGAAACUGAACUGGAACUUUACCUAAGAGUUCAGUUCUUCAGAGCAAAUCACAGUACAGCAAACAUUUUAUUAUUAUUAUUAUAAUUAUUAUUAUUAUUAUUAUAUUCUUACUGUUGCAGAUAUUUAUUGGUUAGGGAAAACAUAUUUCCAGAUGAGAUAAUCCUGCCUUUUGAACAUUCAGUAGUGAGAAAGGUGGUGGCACACAUGAACAUGCACAUGCGAACACACACACAAACACACUCACACAGGAAUUUUUACAUGCAUACAUGCGCAAAAACACACACACGGAGCAGUGUAAAGAGCCGGUAGAUGUGUAAUUAGUUGUAUUUUUUUGCAGAAGCACUUUACGGAGAGUGGAUGAUAAAAGCAGAUUUAAGUUUGGUAGUCAAGUGAAGGCUGACAGGUUACACUGAGAAACCCCGCCCACUGGACUCCUCCCACUGAGAGGCUCCUCCCACUGAGAGACUCGUUGGAGCCCCGGUCUCUCUGAGCCCAGUCUGGCCCGGCUCAGCCCGGCUGGGCUCUCCCUCAUUACUGUAGGACUUCCACACCACAGGGGCUGCUAGGACAGGAUGGAGCCCGUGGAUUGGGCGAUUCGUGACAUGUGAUCUCCCGGCACCGUCUUCCUGAAACUGCAGUCAGAGAGACUGCAGGAGGCGGGGCACAUCGCCACGGCGACAGGAGUGCAUCACAGCCCCCGUCAGCAUGCGUCACAGGCCCCGUCACCAUGGCGACGGGAGCACGUCACACUCCUGUUACCAUGGCAACAGUUCUGACCCGAUUGUCAGAGCCUUCUGCCCCCGAGUUGAAUCAGAAGUGGGGAAAUUACUUGAGUAGUCUACCGAAGUUUCAUUUUCUUAGAAAACAUAAACGUUUUUUUUAAAUGUUUAUUAGUACUGUAGCUAAUUUUCAAGGAAAGUUGAUGUUUGAAAAUUGUAAAUAUUUAUAUGUCGUGCAUGUGACUUUUUAUUUGACCUUUUUCUGACUGAAUGUGUGAGACGGGAGACAGGAAGUGAUGUCAGCAGAAGCUCUGCCUGUGCAGAGAUCGGCCCGUUUUCACAAAGCACUGACUCUUUCUUUCCAGAUCAGCGCUCUUACCCUGAGGGGCUCUGUGAAUACGGGCCCGGUCUGCACCCAGCCCUGAUCCCAGAUCAGCGCUCUGACCCUGAGGGGCUCUGUGAACAUGGACCGCUGUGUUAGUUACUGUCUGUUACUGCCACACUGUCAGCCCGCACUCUGCACAACCCUGCGUCAGAAACGCUUCCCCCGUUAUCAUUAACUGUGCACCUGAAACUUUGACCAAUGAAAUGAAACCCGUAUGCUUCUUACCCAAUACAAAACGGCCAUUUGCUGGUCUAAUGCAGGCUCCUCCCCCUUGGCCCAGGAGGUUGCUGUGCUCCCAGCAGUGCCAGUGUGACUGCACCAACAAUGUGUGUGAUGGGCCAGUUCCCUAACCAGUCUGAAUGGAGCAGAUUCAGCUGAAGGCUGUCUGAAUCGCUCUCUCUCCCCCAUCUCUCUCUCACUCUGUCCCUCUCUUUCUCUCACUCCCUCUCUCCCCAUCUCAGUCACUCUAUCCCUCUCUUUCCCUCUCUCCCCAUCUCUUGAGCACUCCACCCUAACUCAUGCCUUGUGUGUGCUCGAGCAGAGGUUCUCCCCCCCCCCCCAUACUGAAGGUGACCCUGAUACCCUCGGUACUAAGCACACUUUAUAGCCGUAGAGCUGUAGGAUGUAUGGACCCUGCUUUAUUGCCUCUCUUUCUCAGAGUGAAUGCGCACAUCUCCCGACCCCCCGAAUUUCCACAGGCCCCUUUUAUUUCUGUUUGGUUUUUUUUGAGGAAAAUGUAAAUGUUUAACUGAUACGUGUUUCACUAAGGACGACUGCACACUCUGGAACUCUGGAAAUGCAGCCUUUGGUUAUUAAAAAAAAAAUAAUUGGAACAA